CAAGAUUCUGCUCAUCCAAAUGAGAAAAACCUUGAAAGGCGUCGCUCCUGAGUUCACAAAUCUCCUCCCCAGGUCACAAAAUCACCAAGCCCAGAAUUUUCUUUCCAACCAAACAAACAAAACAGAAAAAAUAUGGAACUCCCGGCCGACGCUCGAAGCCACGCCCCCAAACGCAAGCGCCCCGCCAACGACGACGACGAAUUCCUUCCACCACCACCACCGCCAACCGCCCGCUACGACAACGGCGUCGACCUCUCCCUCCUCGAAGCCCUCGAGAAAUCCCAAGCCUCCACCGCCAUCGACCUCCUCGAUCUCAAAACCCUAAAAAAGCUCGUCCUCUCCUUCGAGCGCCGCCUCAAGGACAACAUCGAGGCCCGCCUCAAAUACCCUUCCCAGCCCGAGAAGUUCGCCGACUCUGAAAUCGACCUCCACGAGGAAAUCCAAAAGCUCAAGAUCCUCGCGGGCGGGCCGGAGCUCUACCCGGACCUGGUCCAACUCAACACAGUCCCCUCCCUCCUCGGCCUCCUGACCCACGACAACACCGACAUCUCCAACGACGUCGUGUCGUUGCUCCAGGACCUAACCGACGAGGACGUGUUGGAGGAUAACGACGAGCCAGCCCUUGUUUUAGUCGACGCGCUGGUCGAGAAUAAUGUGCUCGAGUUGUUGGUGCAGAAUUUGCUUAGGUUAAACGAGACGGAUCCGGACGAGGUGGCGGCGGUGUAUGGGACGCUGGCGACGAUCGAGAAUUUGAUCGAGGUGAAGCCCGCGGUGGCGGAGCUGGUGUGCGAGAAGACGAAGCUGAUGAGGUGGUUGCUGGGGAAGAUCAAGGUGAGGGAGUUUGAUGGGAGUAAGCAGUACGCGUCGGAGAUUCUGGCGAUUUUGUUGCAGAAUAGUAGCGCGAACCAGAAGAGGUUGGGGCAGAUAAAUGGAGUGGAUGUGGUGUUGCAGGCGGUGGCGAUGUACAAGUCGCGCGACCCAAAAACGCCAGACGAGGAGGAGAUGGUGGAGAACUUGUUUGAUUGCUUGUGUUGCUUGUUAAUGCCGUUGGAGAACAAGGAGAGAUUUGUGAAUGCCGAAGGGGUGGAACUGAUGAUCAUUGUUAUGAAUCAGAAGAAAUCGUGUUAUGGGUCGGCGAUAAGGGCGCUUGAUUUCGCAAUGACCAAUUAUCCACCGGCUUGCGAACGGUUUGUGGAUGUGAUGGGGUUGAAGACUGCUUUUCCUGCUUUCAUGGGUAAGAUUCCCAUGAACAAGAAUAUGAAGAAACGCUUCAAAGAGGAGUUCGAAGAGCGCCUUGUAUCCCUAAUUGCAUCAUUAUUUGGUGGAAUUUUGAGGGGUUCCAGAAAGGAACGGUUGUUGAGUAAGUUUGUGGAAAAUGAGUGUGAAAAGAUAGACCGGCUUAUGGAGCUCUAUAUGAGAUAUUCUAAUAGAGUGAAAGCAGAGACUGAGCGGAUGGACCAGCUUGAACUUGAUGAAUUAGAGUUGGACGAAGAGGAAAAAUACAAUCGAAGGCUGGAAUCUGGACUUUACACUCUUCAGUUAAUUGCUGUCAUUUUGGGUCAUCUUUGGACAUCUGAGCACCCAAAAAUGAGAACAAGAAUCGAACUACUACUGAAGCAGAAUAAACUCACCAAGAAAGAUGUCAAGAACAUACUUCAGGAAUAUCACGACAACAUUGGUGAUCUGGAUGGGCCGGAAGAAAAGGAGAGGGCACAGACAAGGAUCCAAAAAUUCAUCUCAGCGUUUUGACAGUUUUUCGAUUUGUAGUUGUUAAUGUGUUGAAGUUGAUAGGUAAUUCACGAAACAACAAUACACCUCCACGUGUCGGUCACUGAAUCAUGUGCUGGCUACAAUUUCUCAGCUCUACGUAGGCGAACUCCAUAUGCACCCGUGUUAUUAGAGCUGGAUUUUUCUAU